UCAGCCCGGAGUCAGCCUCGAAGCGGCGUGGCGUGGGCGGCGGGCAGGGGUCCUGGCCACCCUCCGGCUUUCUCCGCGCCAGCGCGCAGGGCUGGUGGCCGGGCCUAGUGACAGAUCAGUCCGGUUUCUUCUGUGGAGGGUACGCAGUUACAGCCUUGAUUUCCUGGAUCUGGUAACAUGGCAAAAGAUGCCAGUCUAAUUGAAGCCAACGGAGAACUAAAGGUCUUUAUAGACCAGAAUCUUAGUCCUGGGAAAGGUGUGGUAUCUCUUGUAGCUGUCCACCCAUCCACAGUGAACACACUUGGAAAGCAGCUUUUGCCAAAAACCUUUGGACAGUCCAAUGUCAAUAUCACACAGCAAGUGGUGAUUGGCACGCCUCAGAGACCUGCAGCAUCCAACACUAUUGUGGUAGGAAGUCCACACACCCCCAACACUCACUUUGUGUCCCAGAACCAGCCGUCUGACUCCUCACCUUGGUCUGCUGGGAAGCGUAACAGGAAAGGUGAGAAGAAUGGCAAGGGCCUACGGCAUUUCUCCAUGAAGGUGUGUGAGAAGGUGCAGAGGAAAGGGACCACCUCCUACAAUGAGGUGGCUGAUGAGCUGGUCGCAGAGUUCAGCGCUGCUGACAACCACAUCCUCCCAAAUGAAUCAGCUUAUGACCAGAAGAACAUCCGGCGGCGUGUCUACGAUGCCUUAAAUGUGCUGAUGGCCAUGAACAUCAUUUCCAAGGAGAAAAAGGAGAUCAAGUGGAUUGGCCUGCCCACCAACUCAGCUCAGGAGUGCCAGAACUUAGAGGUGGAGAGGCAGCGGAGGCUGGAGAGGAUCAAGCAGAAGCAGUCACAGCUUCAGGAGCUCAUCCUGCAGCAAAUUGCCUUCAAGAACUUGGUGCAGAGGAACCGCCAAGCAGAGCAGCAGGCCCGCAGGCCACCUCCUCCCAACUCUGUCAUCCAUUUGCCCUUCAUCAUUGUCAACACCAGCAGGAAGACUGUCAUUGACUGCAGCAUCUCCAAUGACAAAUUUGAGUAUCUGUUUAACUUUGACAACACGUUUGAAAUCCACGAUGAUAUUGAGGUGCUCAAGCGCAUGGGCAUGGCAUGCGGACUGGAAUCGGGGAACUGCUCUGCUGAAGACCUCAAGGUGGCGAGAAGUUUGGUACCAAAAGCUCUAGAACCAUAUGUGACAGAAAUGGCUCAGGGAUCCAUUGGUGGAGUGUUCGUCACGACCACAGGUUCUACGUCCAAUGGCACAAGGCUUUCCGCCAGUGAUUUGAGCAAUGGUGCAGAUGGGAUGCUGGCCACAAGCUCCAAUGGGUCUCAGUACAGCGGCUCCAGGGUAGAGACCCCUGUUUCGUACGUCGGGGAGGAUGAUGAUGAUGAUGAUGACUUUAAUGAGAACGACGAGGAGGAUUGAUCGCUCAACCUGUAGACCCCCUCUCCCUUCAUAUCAGCUUCAGGAAAAACGCCUAGAGAAGAGAAACUUCAAGUGGGACUUUGUUCUUUUUGGCCUACUCCCAAGAAGAUACCCAUGAGUUGUGGAGUUAGAUGUGCACCUCCAGAAAGGGUUGUACCCGCGGUCUGAGCCGCGUGGCAGAUGUGGUUUGAAGCCAGCGUGCUGUUACAGAGCCUGUAUUUACUUUUUAGGAUUUUGUGUUUUCGAUUUCUCUCUCUCUCUUUCUCUCUUUAAGUUUGAAGUUUAUUUUACCCCUCAACAGUUGCUGGGUUUGCUGAGGAAACUGCACUGCACCCAGACCAGUGACAAUAAUAAAAUGCUACCCUGCCUCGGCAUCCUGCCCCCGUUGGUGGAUAGCGAGGCUUUAGGAUGAAUUUUCUUUUCAUUUGUUAAAUCAUGCAGUGUCCAAAGAACCAAGCCAAUAGCAAAACUCUACUUUUUAAACAUUAAGCGCCAUACGUCUUAUUAUGACUUUGUUUUUCCUUAAAUUAUAUUGACUGUUGUAAUUCCAUCAAGUUUUUACACUUUUUCUCUAUUGCAGCAACAAAUUGCAAAGUAGUUUUUCUUGUUUGUUUGUUUUCGUUUUGUUUGGAAGAAGUUUACUGCCACGCUGGUGCAGCUAUGGAAAUUGUCUAGAAAGUUUGCUUAUGGUAAAUUUGCCUGAUUUCUUACAGGCUACGUUUGGAAACUUUUUAUUAUAUAGUUGUUUACAUACUUAUAAGUCUAUCAUUUAAAGACGUGUACUGAAACAAAUGUUGUAUUUGUUUCAUAAGCAUCUUCCUGUAAUCUAUUAUAAAGUUGAAAUUAAACAUAGAGAAUGUUUUAACAGUUUUUUAACUCAAAAUUUGUCAAUCAUUUUUAAUAGUUCUUUUUUUAUAAAAAGAAAAAGGAAUUUAAGGACAGGCAAUAGUCUCUUAAAAUUUAUUCACAAAAACUCGUUAACUGCACAGUUGCUCUUAGCUGCCUGUUCUAAAAUGAUAGUCUUUUUAUUGAAACACAAAUAAACUUUUCUGUAAUAUUUUA